CUCUCUUUGCCCGAAAGAUCACUCUCUACACUGCUGGGUAUUCAGUUUCUGCAAGCACAAGACACAGGCACUGUCUACCGUGCAUUAUACAAUAAUCCGUUAUUACCUUCGACGGUGCUUUUGAGCACCAUUCUCGUCAUUACCACCACUAUCACCACCAUCAGCAUCAUCAUCAUCACUUUCUGUACCAGUCCUCUCGUUCUCAGAUAGCAGCUUCAUCACGAUGAUGAAACUGGCCGCUGGUUCCGCCUCGGCUCACCACGCCAUGAGCCCAAAGUCGAGCAGGCCGAGCUCGUUCUCGAUGAUUUCCCCUUUAGGCAUGAAAAGCAAGGCAAGCAGCUUGCCUGUGAAGACGAGCGCCUCCUCCUCCUGCUCUGACGGGGAGGAGUUGCAAUGGAUCAUAUUCGAAGUCGAAGCCCCCAAGCUCUCGGAGCGUCGCCUCGAGCUCCUCAAGGGGGCCUCACUCGGCACCGGCGCCUCUGCCUCCGUCCACGAGGUCUUCUACCAAGAUGCCAGGACCGGCAAGACGAGCAUCUACGCGGUCAAGACGAUUUUCGAUGAGGGACACGGGGCCACGUUGCGGCGCGAGUUCGACCUCGGCUAUCACCUCCGCCACCCGCACGUCCUGCGCAUCCAUGCGCUGGGCCGGUGUGAGGAGGAUCGCAAGCCCAGCUGCCUGAUGGAAUACUGCGGCCAUGGGGACCUCUGGGGGCUGAUCUACGAUGUGCCGACGCCGCCGGACCUGGGCUGCGCCAUCGUCCAAGCCCAUCAGCUGUGCCUCUUCAAGCAGCUCCUGCUGGGGGUAUCCUACCUGCACCGCCAGGGCAUUGCCCACCACGACAUCAAGCCUGAGAACCUCCUCCUUUCGAGCGCCGGACUCAUCAAGCUGGCCGACUUUGGCCACGCGGUCAUCUUCCGCGAUCCGGAAGACCCGUCCGGUGCAUGCGGACGCAUAGACCCCUUCAAGUCGCUGCUCCUGGGCACCGCGUGCUACCUCCCGCCCGAGGUGUGGGAGGCGUCCCCCUAUGACCCUCGCGGGGUGGACGUGUGGUCUUGCGCGCUGACCGGGCGGCAGAUCCUGGGGCUUCAGAGCACCCCGUGGGAAUGUGCCUCGGAGGAGAAAGAUAGGGCUUAUGGAACGUUCCGACAAGGGUGGCAGCACUUCUGGGAUGCGAUAUCGGGAGGAAUCCCCGCCCGGGUCACCGAGGUCGACUGGCCCUAUUGCGGCCGCGGUUUCAAGGUCAAGGAAUAUCCGAGCUACGGGCUGCUGCGGGUCGUGCUCGCUAUGCUGCACCCCACCCCCGGUUUUCGGCUGACAAUCGAUGAAGUCUUGAUGGACCCGUGUGUUGAGCAGAUUCCGUGCUGCUCGCCCGUCGUUCCCGACAACAUUCGGGCAGAACAUGAUCAUCGUCCCCUGUCUCCAACGGCGAGAUUGGACUCGGGCAUGGUUCAGGGCAAGGGGCAGAAGGACGGUUGGUGA